CCGCCAUAAUUAAAUCUUCUUUUAAUAAAUAUAGCUGCCAAAAUCGUAUAAUUGAUAAGCAACUAAACAGGAUGAUUCCCAGAAUAUCUCUUCAAUAAAUAUAUAUAUUUAAUUAGCACGUACAUAAUGACAGCAUUUGAGAGUUCAUUUGGGGUUGGUAUUGCUAAUAGAUUUAUGUUAUUGGAAGAAGAAAGCGAUGAGCAAUUGGAUGAGAUUCAAAAUGAUGGAGAUACUGAAAUAGUUAAAAACAGAAAACCUAUAGUUAGCAAAUCUGGUUUUAAAGAAGAUAAUAUUCCUAUAUCAAAUUUAAAUCUUGAAAAUAAGGUUAAACAAAAUAUUAGUGAUAAAACAACAAUUAGAAAAGAUGAUAUUAAGAGAUAUAAACCUAAUGAGAGGAUUCAAGAACAAAAUGAUAGACAAAAGAAUAUGUCAAGUAUCAAUGGAGAAAAGCCUCCACAAAGUUUUGAGGAUGCUAAAAGUCUAGGAAUGGGCAGAGGAAGGCCUGUUAGUAAUAUGCGUGGAGGUCUAGGUCGUGAUGUUAGGGCAAACAAACGAGAGUUUGAUCGUCAUAGUGGAAGUGAUAAAACUGGUGUUAAACCGGUUGAUAAAAAGGAUGGGGCAGGGAGCCACAACUGGGGUUCCAUUCAAGAUACUUGGGGGAAUUCAAAUGAUUUUACUGAAUCGCCAAAUAAUACAAUUGAUAAAACUGAAAUAGAGGAUCCAUGGAGCAAACCAGAGGAAAAUCCAGAUAAAAUAAAUUUCGGAAUUGAUGAAGUUCAUUUAUCUAAAUUUGAUGAUACACAAGAUUAUAUUAAUAAAUCUAUACACGAGCCUGAUGCAGAGGAUACUCCUGAGGCUAUACAGGAACCUGAGGUUAUUCAUAUGACACUUGAUGAAUGGAAAGCUUUACAAGAGAAGGAAAUUGUCAAACCUGAAUAUAAGUUAAGACAACCAGGAGAAGGGGAAGAUAAAUCGAAAUGGAAAGGCACUUAUGUUUACAAACCAGCUGAAAAUAUUCAAUUGAAUGAAAUUGAUGAAGAGAACAAAGCUCAUCAUUCAAACAAUUCAACUAAAGUUGGUAAAAAACUACUGGAUAUCAAUAUAAAGUAUACCUCACAUUAUAACUCUAGCAGAGGUGGUAACUUUGGGGCCAACAGACCUCCAUUUCAAAGACCCAUGAAUCAACAAAAUGGCCCUGCUACAAAUUCUUCUGAAGCAGGAGGAUCUGGAUUUAAAAGGGGAGGGGGAGCACCGUUCAACAGAGGAGGUAGUAGAGGCAGGGGUGGUAAUAGAGGUGGUUUUGAUAGUGGAAAUAGAGGUGGUUUUGAUAAUGGAAAUAGGGGUGGUUUUGAUAAUGGAAAUAGAGGUGGUUUUGAUAAUGGAAAUAGAGGUGGUUUUGAUAAUGGAAAUAGAGGUGGUUUUAAUAGUGGAAAUAGAGGUGGUUUUAAUAGACCCUCUGGGCCAAAUAAUUUUGGUAGAAGAAAUGAUUUUCCUAGAAAUAAUCCAGAUGGUAGUAGAAAUGAGCCCCUCUUCAAUGAUGAAAGUGAUUUCCCUUCUCUUCGGACUGUAACUGCUAAAUAAGUCAACUAAUUGUAUUUUAUUGGAUUUGUUAUUACCUUUUUACCACAGAUCUUAAUUUGUAUAUCAUGGCCCCAUCAUUACUGUAUUAAUAUAUCCUUUGUGUUAUACUUUAUAAAUUGCCAUUUGAGUUAUAUUAAACCUAAUUUCUAUUUUGCCAUAGAUUUUUUAUAAAAAUUAUGUGAUCCAUUUUUACCAUAUAAAAUGAAAAACUUAUAAAUGUCACCUAUGUCAUUGGGAAUAUCCAUCCUCUAUUGAAAUGUAUAUUUGUCAUUCAUUAUUAUAUUUUGAUAGUUUAAAAAACAGAUACACAAAGUUACCAUUUACAAUAUUAUUUUUUAUAUUAAACAAUUUGCAAUAUAUACAUUUAUAUAUUUGUCUUAUGUUACAAAUGAAAAUAUUAGUUAAAAUUUAGAUUAUAUUCUAUUAUAUUUUGUAAAUAUUGUAAAACUCUACUUUAUACCCAACAAGAACCUAUCAAAAUUAUUAAUUCUGUCAAUAGGUUUAUAUUAUAUAAAUUUGAGAAUAAUAAAAUAUAUUUUUAUUCAAUUAAAUCUUGAUUUGUUUUUGUAAUCAUAUAAAAUCUAUUCGUUUUUUUCUAUAUUCGAUUCCAUUUAUUACAAAUAUGGAUAAUGUUUAUUAUGUUUUAUAUUUUUCACCUAGAAAAAAAUAAAGAUUGAGACAAA